GCGCGCUCCCGCCAUCCAAUGAGUGUCGGGAUGGAGGGGUGAACGCGGCUGCGCAGUUGGGGUUAAGUGUUACAGUGGGGGGAAAAAUCCUUCCUUUCGGGAUCUGUGGGCGCUUAAUGUUAGGGGAGCUAAAGAAAGAGCGACGAGCUGGUGGUGCUAAACCUCGGGCCGGUGCGGAUUUCUGGCCUCCUCGACUGUAAGGGCCAGCCAGAGUGCGCGCCUCUGCGUUCGGAUGCGCGGCACCGGCGCGCCGCUAAAUAACGCGCAACGCCGCCGGAAAAGCGACGGGAGAGGCGCUGGGAAGAAAGAGGCAGGAGGCACUACUGGAUAGACGCAGUGAGGCGAGGAGGGACGGCUGGGUGUGCGGGGGCAAAGAGGAGGAAACUGGAUUUGUAGUCGUGCGAAGCGGGGCUGACCGGCCGGAGACGCGUUUAACUGAGAGGAGAGUGGCCGAGCGUCGACAUGGCCGACGCAGAUCUGGACUUUCAGACGGGCGAUGCCGGGGCGUCCACCACCUUCCCCAUGCAGUGCUCUGCCCUGCGCAAGAACGGCUACGUCCUGCUGAAGGGCCGGCCGUGCAAGAUCGUGGAGAUGUCCACCUCCAAGACGGGCAAGCACGGUCAUGCCAAGGUCCACAUGGUCGGAAUUGACAUCUUCUCUGGCAAGAAGUAUGAGGACAUCUGUCCCUCUACACACAACAUGGAUGUGCCCAACAUCAAGAGGAUGGAGUACCAGCUGAUCGGCAUCCAGGACGGCUACCUGUCUCUGCUCCAGGACAACGGCGAGGUGCGGGAGGACCUCAAGAUGCCUGAAGGAGACCUGGGCAAGGAGAUCGAGGCCAAGUUUGAUGCCGGCGAGGAGAUCCUGAUCAGCGUCCUUUCCGCCAUGAAUGAGGAGUACGCCGUGGCCGUCAAGUCCGUGCUCAAGUAAAGGGUGCGGUGAAGAUGCCCGGACCAGAUGAGAAGAGAGGGAAUGAGUCCUCCUCUUCAUCAUCUCCUCACUCUCUCUAUCUCACUCUGCCUUCUACCUUUUAGGUAAAAAAAAAAAAAAAAAACGUAGGAAAUAUAUUCAGAAUACAAUUGGAAGCUGUAAACAGAAAAUAUAUGCAUAUAUACCGUAAUGUAGAGCAUCUAUUCAUGUAAUUCACCAAAUACGGGCAUGAAGGGGAUCAAAGUUUUCAAAAUGUGCCACCUUGGCGAAUGCAAAUGUUUCCUGGCUGGUUUUAAGGGCUUUUACAUCUUCUGUCAGCCUCUCUUCCGUGUUUAAUAUUAUUAAUCUGUGUUACUUUCCGGAUCCUCCUGUAGCCCCUUCUAUCUCGUGUAUCUAAUACCUGUUUUAGGGAUUGCGAGUAUCACAGUGAGUAUUAAGGGUAGGAGUACUUAAGGACUACCAUCAGUUAGCCAUACAUUGUAAGUCAGAUGCACCUGGGCUGGUCUUUGUUUAGCAAAAAUGUUGUUUAAAAAAAAAAAAAUCAGUUUUUGUAUGAAUACCAGCGACAAUACAUUGAAAAUUAAGUUUUGAGAAUUCCUCAGUAAGGAAAUUAAAACGCUGAUCACAGCAUCCCACAUUG